GUGGGCACUGGACCAGCAUCUAAGGAGGUCCUCAGGGCUGCGUGGCAGAGCUAAGAGCGGAGGCCCAGGGCGCAGGUGAGUGUGGGUUGAAAAAGUGCUUUGCGGGUCAGGACCUGCGUGGCAGAAAGAGGCGGGCCUGCCUGCUGGCUAGAAAGGUGACCCCACAACCCUGUGCCCCAGCCCACAGACAGCUCCACCUGCAGCCCCCAGGGGUUGCUCGGGCUGUUCACUAGGCCCGCAGUUCCGGAAGCGGCAAACUCCGACACAUCCUCAAAGCCCCAACGCCAAGCCCACCCUUUUCUCAGGGAUCCUCCCAGUAUAUCUGCUUGCUCCCCGGUGUGCCUUCAGAGCUGUGGGUCCAUACACUGCUUCGUCUUCACCAUGGUCUUGGGAAAUCUACCCAGUCUUCUAGAAAGGGAUUCAGAGGUAUUCCUCAAAAUGCAGUGACCGUUAUGACCCAGGACUCUAAUCUUGGAAUGCUGGGCCCCCCCUUCCCCCUUCCACCAUGGCCGAGCCCACUGUAGGGACCAAAGGAAUGUUUGUGGGAUUGACAAAUGAUGACCAAUGGAACUCCCACCUUGUGGAUGGACAAGUGGAGUCCCAGGGUCACGAAGCGAGUCUGGCUAGGCCGGGGUCCCCCAGAAUAGAGUGGGGAGAAAGGGACCUCGUAAGAUGGGGAGCUGCUGCACUGCAGGCGGGUACGCAAUGUGGGGAGACAGCCCGGCCGGCCUAUCGGGGGAUCGGCCAGCGCGGGGUGAGCCGGCGACCCAGCGCCCCAAGGUGACGCAGCAAGAGGAGAGCGGCCCCUUUAAGAAACCCGGCUCUGAGCGGCCUCCUUCCACGGCGCGCGUGGAUCGGGCGGGCCCGGCCUGUGAGUGGCAGGGAUGGCAGCCAAUAGUAGGGGGCGGGAGCGGGCCGGGCGCGGCCACGGGCUUCCCAGGCCCAGGAGGUGAACUGCUGGGGUUUAGGGCUCGCUGCGGGAGACGCCUCUUAAAGGGGCCGCGACCCCGGGCUCCUGUCGGGCGCAGGGAAGGUGGCCAGAGAUGAGGGCUGGAAAGAUGAGAGGGUCCCGGGUGCGGAUGGGUGGGAGGGAGGCAGGUUCCCUGGGAAUUAGGGGGUGAGGGCGGAGUCCACAGUCACCUCCCCCCCCCCCCGCCCCCGGUGGGUGUGAGCGGCGAGGGGCGGCAGAACCGGGCACUAAUUCUGCAGGGCAUUGGACUCACCUGACGGGUAUUUGCCGACAGACACCUGUAGCCCCUCUCCGCGUUAGAACUCCGACAAGCCCUCUGCCCCGCUGGAAAAACGGAGGCUUCCCCCACCCCAGCUCCCUCCCGAUGUAGAGUCCUCCAGUGGGGGGUCGGGGGUCCCGGGUCCCAGUUCCAGCCUCGACCGGGGCCUGUGGUAACGCCCUGCCCCCCGGCAGCACAAUAAUGAAGUAGGCCAGAGCUGGACAGUUGUAACCAAAGCGGGGAUCAGGAAUUGCUGGUUCCAGGAGCCGCAGCGCUGCCUCUCCGCCUUACUCUUUCUCUGCGUCUUGUGGUUCUUAACGAUAAAUGAUACACGAGGGGUGGGUGGAGCUGGGGCCCUGCUCCCGCGGGGUGGCUCUGCCUGUCUCUGGGGGCCUGGUGUGUAAAAUGUUCAGCACGGUGAACACUUUGCUGUUAUCAUUGGGUUAGAGCUGGGGCUGGGGGGCGGGGAUCUUUCCCAGGACGCGGGAUGACGCUGGGGGCCAGGACCUGGCAGCCCCCAAAGGGGCUCAAAGUGGAGUCGUGACGAGUCAAGCCGAGGCUCCUCCCCCUCAGGAAUUAGUUGAUAGCCUUUUGGACCCCAGCCCUGCAGCGAGCGACAGCCCAGGCAACCAAUCAGGUGCGGGGACGGUUUCGGGCAGGGCUCCCAUUGGCCCGCUCCGCCCCUCCAGGGACAGAAGGGACCCUUAAAUAAGUGCCUGCUGUUCGGCUCCAAGCAGAGCUUCCAGGAAUCCUGCACCCUGAGCUAGAGGAAUGAGGUUCAGGGAGGGCCAGGGGUUGCCCGCAGCCACACAGUGCGUCUCAGCCGGACCCUCCGUCGUGUGCUCUGUGCAUUCCCACCAUGGCUAAUGCUGCUGCUUUGGAAAAAUGUCCUGUAUCGCAGGAGACAGCCGAUCCAGCUCUUGGCGGAGUUGCUGGGGCCUCUGUUUCUCUUCUAUCUGGUGGCUGUAUGCCACUCCCACCCCCGACUGGAGCAACAUGAGUGCCACUUCCCCAACAAGCCGCUGCCCUCGGCCGGCACCCUACGGUUCCAGGGUCUCAUCUGCAGCAUGAACGACACCUGCUUCCCGCAGUCCGCGCCCGCCGAGCAGCCAGGUGUCCUCAGCAACUUCAAGGACACCCUCGUCCUCUGGCUCCUGGCAGAUGCCCACACCAUCCUUGGGGGUGGGGGAAGAGCCCACAGGAUGCUGGCCAGCCUGGGAAAGCUAACGCCAAUGCUGAGAGCGGCGGGCGGGGCAGCCCGGCCUCUCCCAAGCGACCGGCUGCGGGACCGCCUGCCCCUGACCACUGAGCUACUGGGGACACUGCUUCGAGAGAUGAGAUGGGGUGGGGCGAGACCAGGUGACUCUGGGAUGCUGCCCUCAGGGUCCUCAGCCCAAUCCCUGGGGUCUGGGCUGGACCAAACCCAGGAGUCCGUGAAGAGCUUCCUGGAGGCAGCAGAGAACGUGGCCCAGGAACUCCUGGCACUGCCCGGCCUGGUGGAGCUGUGGGCGCUGCUGCGGAGACCUCAGGGGACUAGCCGGCCCCUGGAGGCCGUGUCGGAAGUCCUCUUCGGUGCCAAGGGCCCUGGCGUCCCAGGGGGGCCCUCCCUCGACUGGUAUGAGGCCACCCACCUGAAGGAGUUGGUGGGGCAGGAGCCCACCCCGGGCCUGCCCGACAGCAGCCUGAGCCCUGCCUGUGCUGAGCUGAUGGGGUCGCUGGAAACCCACCCACUGUCCCUCCUGCUCUGGAGGCGCCUGAAGCUGCUAGUCCUGGGGAAAGGCUUCACCAGGCGGCUCACGGCCCAGGGGAACCGGACCUUCUAGAAGCUGGCUCUACUGAAGGGCCUCCAGGAGACGUGGGGUGUGCUGGGACCCCAGCUCUUCGACUACUUGAACGACAGUACAAACGCGGCCAUGUGGCAGGUUAGGCCAGGUCGGAGGACAGCAGGUUCAUCCAGGGCCUCCCUGGGCACAUCAUCCCUACCCAGGACGUGGGGGCGAGUGUGCAGGCGGCUUGUGGAAUCCAGGGGAGCUCAGGGAGGGGGACCCAACUUGGAGCAGUGCCCCAUUCCAAGGAAAUGUGUGACCCUGGACAACCUGGAGGCGGCACCCUCAGAGGCAGCCCUGAUGGCGCGGGCCCUGGAGUUGCUCGCGGAGCACCACUUCUGGGCCGGCAUCGUCUUCUGGGGCCCGAGGGACUCUGGCUCCCCCGCACAGCUCGCGGGCCCUGGUCACCUGCGCAUCAAGAUCCGCAUGGAUAUCGACGCCUUCGCGAGAACCAAUAAGAUCAGGAACAGGUUCUGGGACCCGGGCCCGGCUGCUGACCCCUUGACAGACCUGCGCUAUGUGUGGUGUGUCAGCGGCACCGAGGCCCGUGCAGGCCUCUACCCGCAGCAGACGCCCUCCCCGUGCUACGCGGAUGACGCGGUCCUGCGUGUACAGAGCCGGUCGCUGCCGCUUCUCCUGACCUGGAUCCACUCCGUGGCGCCGGCGGUGAAGGCCGUGGUGCGAGGGAAGGAAAGGAGGCUGCGCCACAAGAUGCAGGCCCUGGGGCUCGGCAGCGCGGUGCUGUGGCUCGGCUGGUUCCCCAGCUGCCACUCGCCCUUCCUCGGCAGCACGGCGCUGCUCGUGCUGGUGACCAAGCUCGGGGACAUCCUCCCCCAUAGCCACCCGGCCGUGGUCUUCUUGUUCUUGGCGGCUUUCGCCGUGGCCACCGUGGUCCAGAGCUUCCUUCUGAGCGCCCGCUUCCCCCGCGCCAACCUGGCGGCCGCGUGAGGCCUGGCCUACUUCGUGCUCUGUCCACCCUACGUGCUGUGCGUGGCCUGGCGAGACCGGCUGCCUGCGGGUGGUCGUCCCCACCGCAGUCUUCUGUCGCCUGUGGGCUCUGGGUUCGGCUGCGAGAGCCUGGCGCUGCCGAAGGAGCAGGGUGAAGGCGCCCAGUGGCACAGGGCGGGCACCGGGCCCGCCCCUGGCGUCUUCAGCCCGGCCCAGGUCUCUGGAAUCCUGCUGCUCGACGCUGUGCUCUGUGGCCUCGCCACUGGGUACCUAGAGGCCAUCCUCCCAGGCCAGUAUGGGAUCCCCAAACCGUGGAACUUUCCCUUUCGGAGAAGCUAUUGGUUUGGACCUCGUUCUCCCAAGGGCUCCACCCCACCUCCCACCCCGAAGGACCCAGAGGUGCCGACGGAAGAGGUCCCACCCGGCUGGAUUCCGGGGGUCUCCGUUCGGGGCCUGGAGAAACGCUUUCCUGGCAACCCCCAGCCAGCCCUGCGUGGGCUCAGCCUGGACUGCUGCCAGGGCCAGAUCACCGCCUUGCCGGGCCACAACGGAGACGGCAAGGCCACCAUGCUGUCCCUACUGUGUGGCCUCUUUCCACCCACUGGUGGCUCUGCCCGCAUCCUGGGCCACGAUGUCCAGUCCAGAAUGGAAGCCGUCCGGCCCCACCUGGGCGCCUGCCCGCAAUACGACGUGCUGUCUGACGUGCUGACCUUGGAGGAGCACAUCUGGCGGUCGACGGGCCUGAGUGCAGGACCUGUGAGCCCCGAGGAGGCCCGUCUACUGCAGGACGUGGGGCUUGUCCCCACGCGUUGUGCGCAGACCCGCCGCCUCUCUGGUGGGACGCAGCAGAAGCUUUCAGUGGCCAUCACCUUUGUGGGCGGCUCCCGGGUUGUCAUUCUGGAUGAACCCACGGCUGGUGUCGACCCUGCUUCCCGCUGCAGCAUCUGGGAGCUGCUGCUCAAAUACCGAGAAGGUCUUCCCGAAGGCGGUAGAGGCUUGCGCUGCGGACGUGGACCCAGAGGACACGGCCACAGGUCCCUGUCCUUGACCCCGCGCCUUGGUUCAGAGACCUUGACUCAGACCCUCGGCUGAACGGGACCCUCAAACCUGAACGCACCCCUGAUGGCCCCACAGAUCACCAGCCACAAGCGGCACCUGGGCGCGGGCCUCGCUCCCCCAGACGUGACCUCACGGCUCAAGGUUCUGCCGGAAGAGUCGGCCCUGGAGAACGGGGAGCUAGCGACGGCUGCCCCGGAAACACGGGUCCUGCAGGGCUUCGGGCCAGACCCCGCGGGCCGGGGACAGGGCUGCGCGCUGUCUGCUUCUCAAGCGCUUUCUGCUUGCCUGCCGCGGCCGCCGUGGCCCGUUGACGCAGGUGAGGGGGAGCGGGCGCCAGAGGAGGGUGCGCGGGCAGCCCUGGGUGCCUGUUUUCUACUCCCGUCACCCACUCAGCGUCUCCUCGCGCCUCCUGACGGGCCGGGCCGGAACCUGUCCCGACUUCCUGGUCAAGACCCACCCCCGCCUGGUGCGCCAGGGGCCAGCCGCCACCUGCACGCGUUCAGUUUGCCCGGAGGAGGGGGCCGGCGCUCCGGACGGCUCUCCGUGCCCCCCCACCCCCCGCCCCUGCAUCUCCCGCAGCCUGAAGACCAAGAAGUGGGUGAACGAGCCCACUGCCCCGCAGGUAUGGGGGCUUCUCCCUGGGGGGGCCGAGACCCAGGCCUGCCCUCAGGGCAAGAGGUGAGCCACUCAGUGUGGGGGCUGCUGGUGCUGCUGAACCCCCGACCCGGCGGGGCCCUCGACCUUGUCCUGAGCAACCCCACAGCCUGGGCUCACCGAGGACAGCCUCAAGGUGGGCUCCGGAUCUGGUUCAACAACAAGGGCUGACACGCCAUGGUGGCCUUCAUCGGCAGGGCCAACAACGCUCUCCUACGUGCCCACCUGCCCCCAGGCCCUGCCCGCCACGCCCACAGCAUCACCACGCUCAGCCACCCCGAGGCUGCGCUGAGUCCCUAUGCCCCGACGGCCACCUCGGUGGACGUGCCCGUCUCCACCUGAGCGGUCUUCGCCGUGUCUUUCGUCCCAGCCAGCGUCACCCUUGUUCUCAUCAAGGCCGGGCCUCUGCAGUUUAUGGGGGGCCCACCUCCCACUCUUCACUGGCUCAGCAACUUUCUCUGGGACGUGUGGAACUACCUGGUGCCAGCGUGCGUGGCGGCGCUCACCUUUCGCUUCCAGCAGAGGGCGUACGUGGCUCCCGCCAACCCGCCUGCCCUCCUGCUGCUGUUACUGCUCUACGGGUGAGGCCUCCGCCCCCCUCGGAGCCCGUUCUUUCGUGUGCCCGGCACGGCCUGUGUGGUGCUCACCUGUGUCAACCUCUUCGUCGGCAUCAACGGCGGCACGGCCACCUUCGUGCUCCAAUACUUCUCUGGUCGGAAGCUGCAGGAAAUGAGCCGCAUCCGGAAAAGGGUCUUCCUGGUGCUCCCCCACUUCUGCCUGGGCCGGGGGCGCGUUGACAUGGCGUGAGACCAGGCCGUGGCUGACGCCUUCGAGCGCUUAGGAGACGGGCAGUUCCAGUCCCCCCUGCGCUGGGAGGAGGUUGGUAAGAACCUCUUGGCCGUGGUGGUACAGGGGCCCCUCCUCCUCCUCCUCCUCCUCCUCCUCCUCCUCCUCCUCAUGCUCUUGGCGACCGCCUGCUGCCACGGUCAACCCCAGCUGAGGUUGCUGCCCCCCCGCCCCGCCCCGGGGCAGGAGGACGAGGAGGUGGCCCGUCGGGAGCGGGUGGCCCGAGGGGCCACCGAGGGGGACGUGCUGGUGUCGAGAGACCUGACCGAGGUGGGCACAGUGCUGGGUUGGGGGCUCCCGCUGGCCCACCCACCCUCUCAGGGACCUGAACACCUCCCAGGCGUGCUGUGGGCAGAGGGACGCCAGCUGUCGAUCCCCCCUGGUGAGCUGAGAGUCCAGGGUGAAGGUCCUGAGGCAGGGGCAGUGAGGGGCUGCCCUACUGGGCGCCCACUGCCCUUUACUGAACAACUGAGCACAGGUGCCCGCGCGCUGAGCAACUACUUGCCGUCUGCGGGGCACCCGCGGUGUUUCGGGCCCGUGGGAGUGAACGGAGCAGGGAAGACGUCCACGUUUCGCAAGCUGGCGGGGGACGCGCUGCCCGGUGGUGGCGAGGCUGUGCCGGCUGGCUACAGACGCCCCCCACCCGUCUCUUACCAUGGUGCUCCAGGGUGGCAUGGCCGGGAACCUUCCACUGCGCACCACCACAGGGGCUAAUGCCCUCAGUCGGACGCUGUCUUCGAGCUGCUGGCCGGCCACCAGCACCUGGAACUCUUCGCCCGAAGCUCAGGUUCCCCAGGUGACCUUCCCCUCCCUCCUUCCAGGAUCACAGCCCUACCCUGGCUCCCUUGGCCCUGCCCCGAGUCAGGGUCCGCCUCUCUCCACUACGAGCUUGGGCCCGGCGCGCCUGGGGCUCCUGAAGUUUCGGACCCACCUGAGGGCACCUACAGCGGAGGCAACAAGAGGAAGCUGGCGACAGCCGUGACGCUGGUGGGGGACCCGGCUGCGGUCUUUCUGGACGAGUCCACCACGGGCACGGACCCCGCUCCCGGCGCUUUCUCUGGAGUAGCCUCCCUCCCGGCCGUGGAGCGGGAGGGCCGCUCCGUGGUGCUUACCGCACCACAGGUGGGUCCCCAGCACCCGGGGCCCAGGGUCAAGGUGGGUCAGGCCCCAGCGGGAGGCCGUCAGAGCUGGAGCGGCCCCGACAUUUGGGAGGAGGGCACGCCGGGGACGGUGAUGCCCGGUCCCGGGGGCCCGAGCGGGCUGGGCUGGGGGGGGGCAGGGGGGGGCGGGCCCAGGGUGACGGACGGGCGGGUCCGCUGUCCGGGCGGCGCGCAGCCCCUCGAGAGCAGCCCCCCGGCCCCGCCCACCCACCCACCCGGGUUUGGCGCCGGCCACACGCUGACCCUGCGGCCAGCAGCGCGGUCCGAGUUGGCGGAGGCCUUCGAGGCGGCCGCGUUCCCGGGGGCCGCGCGGUUCCAGGUGCCGCCGGGAGGGCGCUGCGCCCUGGCUCGCGUCUUCGGAGAGCUGGCGUGGCGCGGGGAGGAGCGCGGCGGGCACUUCUCAGGGAGCCAGACCACGUUGGCGCGGGCGCCCGCCGCGCCUGGACGGGGCUGAGGAUAAGUGGGGCUG